GCUUCAGUCGACGCCGGUCUGUCCUACGGUGAGUGUCGUGGAGGGUAGAGUCUCCAAGGAAAUUUUUUGAUCCCGAUGACGUUCGCGUGCCGCGUGUUGUGAUUCGGCAUGCUCUGUUUGAAGCGCGUGUAAAAGAUGUAAUAAUAAUAGCCCGUAAACAUUACCCAGCAUUCAGUAUGCUGCUGUGCCAGACGACGCGGGUAAACUGAAGCGCGCGUUUCCGGAUGGUUCGCAGACUCUGAGAUUUUAUGAACAACGCGGUAGACCUCCUCGUGGGCAGCCGGUGCAAUCGAUAAGCAGAGACGCAGCAUCCAGUCCUUGGUUACGCCCGUCAGAGCAAAACCAAACGGAACAGCAGAUAUACGUACCUGUGGACCUAACCUCAAAAAUUGAACUCGAUACAACUGGAAAUCACGCGUUAUAUACGCACAACCAGGAGUGGGAUGAGUGGGCAUCUUCAGCAUGUUGGAUAAGCGGCGACUCCACGCGCCCGGGUCGCCGCCAUGCAGCCUUCUCUUCGUGGUAGCACUCACGAUCACAGGAUGCUUUUCCUUCUGGCUUCUCAACGGUUGCCCAGGUCCGCCGGUGCCGAUAUCAGCCAGCGCACCAGCCUCGGGUUACCUCCUGAUAUUGCCGCAGAACGCAUCGGCCCUACCCCAUCCUUACUCGAUGAGCGAACUUCCGCCCGAUGACGAGUCGACACUCAUCGACAUGAAGAACUUCCGGUUCACUUUGAAUCACAAUCCGUGCAAUGGCAGCCAAUCGCUGCUCUUGUUAGUCCUGGUGCACUCGGCUCCUGGGAACUUUCUCAAGCGCAAGGUGGUACGGGACACUUGGGGCAAAAGGACUCCAGCUGCUACCCUCUUGUUCCUCGUUGGCUUGUCCGAGCAGCAUCAGGCACACUUGGAAGAGGAGGAUAGAGUAUACGGGGAUCUUAUUCAAGGAAAUUUUCUUGACGCCUACAGGAAUAUGACCUAUAAACACGUGAUGGCGCUCAAGUGGGCUACUUAUCACUGUCAAAGUGCUAAAUACGUGUUGAAGCUAGACGACGACGUCUUCGUUCACAUGCCUGCGAUGCUCGACUUCCUGAUCCAUGAAUUCUCACCCUGGGGUGCCAGACGACUCAUCCUCUGCGAUCCUCUGCCAUCGGCCGUAGUCAAGAGGUCCUGGCGCUCCAAGUGGCGUGUAUCGCCCCUGGAAUAUCCCGGACGACAUUAUCCGGCGUACUGCGCCGGUUGGGCGAUACUCUACUCGCCGGACACGGUGUUCCUGCUGUACCGGGAGGCGCAGAAGGAACCCUACUUCUGGAUCGACGAUGUUCACAUCACGGGAACCUUGGCCAGGAAGGUCAAUCUCACUCAGGCAUCUCUACACUCAUUGGUGCUAACCGCGGAGACCAUGGAGGAGGUCCUGCAGAACCCAAAAUCUCGCAGGGAGUUUCUAUUUGGACCACCGGAUCUGACUGAGGACGCCAUAAGAGCGUUGUACAGUCUGAUUACAACUAGUCUGGCCUAAGUGUGUUGGGAGAAGAGAAGAUUGUCGUUUAGCAAUUGUUAUAUAAUACUUUGAUACGGCGUUUCCGUAGUUUUAUCGGUGGUCAUGCGAUUUGAUCACUCCCUCUUUGUUUUUGUAUGCUCGUUCUCCCUUUGAUGUAUUUCAAGUAAUUUAGGACUCAUUGGAAAACUGUUUACUGCCCGGGAAAGUUAAUAGGUGAGCUUAGUUUUAUUUCUCGUUCUUGCAGGAUCGUUGGCACGAUCGUUCCUUUUAUUGGCAGUAAACAAGAGCAAUGAGUUUCAGAGAUUAUUUUUGUACUGUUCAAUUCUUUUUUUUUUUUUUAAUACACUCAUAUUCUUUUUUUAUUUAUUGCCGUAAUUCAUUAAACGAAAUUUAUCUGAAGUUUCGUUAAUGGUGGCUCUCGGGAAUUAAAAGAAAAAGUUUGACAUCGAUAUCGAAAUUUAUUGAAUGUCAUAUAAACUGUGUCAAUACUCGAAUGCCUGCACAAUAGGAAAUUAAUUCGUACACUGAUUGUACACUGAUCAUUAUUACUGUCCAGCUUGUCGACGCAGUGCGGUGAGACAAGAGAGGAGAGUGGGUGGUGACUGUCGAUCUACCUGCAUACGUGCGUGCAACGCAGCUUUCGCAAAGCACAAGUGUAAGCGAGACGGCAAUAGUAUCCCUGAGUUGCACCUGGGAGCUUGGUGGGGCAUUAACGCUAGCUAGUCUGGGCAACAGCAUAGGAGAAGAAGAUGCCCCACCAAGCUCCCAGAUGCAACUCAGGGAUGGUAUUGCCGUCUCGCUUACAGUCGUGCUUUGCGAAAAGGACGCACCGUGCGACGCUUUGGCUUCUCUCUCGCACCAUAACGCUCGCUGCAUUGCACGCACGUAUCCUGGUAGAUCGACAGUCACCACCCACUCUCCCCUCUUGCCUCACCGCACUGCGUCGACAAGCUGGACAGCAUUAAUGACGCUUGGUCGGACACUAUCUCUCUUUCUCGCACCAACGCUGUGUGACGAGGAUGGGUAAUCAAAAAGUCUAUCUCAUUCGCACCGGCGAGAGUCGCGCAGCUCCUUCUCGUUCCUUAUGUGCUACUAGCUUUUCUCGUCUUACAGCGUUACUCUGAGAGAGAGAGAGAGAGAGAAAGAGAGAGAGAGAGAGAGAGAGAGAGAGAGAGAGAGAGAGAGAGAGCGCGCGUGCGUCCAGACACGGGUAGUCUUCCACCGAGCUCCCUAUUGCGCAUGAGGGGCCUUGUUGCCGUCUCACUUAUACUCGUGCUGUGCAACAAGGACGCACCGAGCGACGAGCUGGCGUCUCGCUCGCACACUAGUGCUUUCUGCGUUCCACGCACAGGCCGAGGUAGGUGAGCAGGCACCGCCCAAUCUACUCUCUUACCUCACCGCACCGCGCCCACCGUUGUCUCCAUUAUUGAGGUUCAGUGUACAUAUGGUUUAUUAUAAUUCUUAAAAAUGUAUAAAAUUACAUGUUAUACAAUUUUACUUUUAACUUUAUUACAUUACUGCCUUUCUUUUAAUUUCUUAUUCCCUUGCGAUGCCUUCACCUUCAUUUCCACCUCGUUCUUCGCUGAAAUUAUUGAUACAGUUGUACGCGAAACCGCAUUCCGGAUGAUAUUUUUUGAAUUUUUUCCCUCUGUUGCGAUUUAGUCAAAGAUUUUAUUCGUCACCUGUUAAUUCGUGCGCGAGAAAAGUCACAACGAAGGCGAAAAUCGAUGACGAAAACAAUUGCCUGUGAAAAAGUGAUGGGUACACAAUUGUUACCAGCUAUUGUAUAAAUUUAUAAAUUCAUCUUCUAUAUUUCCUACGGUAGAUAGAUAUAAAUAAUUGAUAAAGCAAAGUACUGCAGAGACGGUAGAAUAAAAGUUGAAUAAUUUUCAUCCGCUCAUAACUUCUUGACAGUUCGAUAUUUCGAAAGUUCCCCUUUUACAUAGAAAUUCAUUAAACAGAUAACAACAAAGUAAUAUAUAAGCUCGACGCAUGAAUGCAAAAAUAAAUACGUGGGCCAAAGAAAAAAAAUGCUUUUACGAUCAUCACACUGCAGUUAGAUUUUCGUAUUCGAUUAAUUAAGCGCUUUUUUUAAAUAAUACAAUAGUAUUUCCUUUUCGUUGAAUUCCGAUUAUAAAAAUUUUACUUAUAAGACAAAAUUACGUUUAUACACGCGUAUGCGACUUCGUAUUCGAUAUGAUCAGGUAAAAUAUUUAAUUGAUUCGAAGACGACUGCGAAACAUGAUAAGAAACUUUAUAAAAUCGUAAAUUCUUAUCUCUUUUUCGCAAUUACGAAAUCGAUAUAUCUGAACACUUUUGUGACCUAUGUCUACAUGUAUGCAUAUUUAUACCGUUUAGAAAAAUUGUACGUGAAUAUAUUGUUGACAAGAUUCAGCAUUGAAUUAUGCUACGAUAACGUGACGAUAUAUCAUGCCACUGUAUUGUCACGAGAAAUAUAUUAUCACAGAAUUGUAUGUCUGGUCACAGAUAGGAGGGCACCCACGCCUAAGGAUAUUUAUAAUUAUCAAAUUUACCUCUCCUAUCUCAUUAGGAUAUAAACUGACUAGUCUACGAUGUUGGUGCAGAAGUCUCCCUUGAGAAGUUUGGGCUUAGCCCUAGCUAAGCCAGGAGUCGAGUGAUAGUUGUUAGCUCUUGGAGCUCGAAGACCAAAAAUUAGCUAGGUAAAGUACAAGUACUAAAAAAUUAAUAUUUAUUUCAGAUUUGAAACGAGAUAAAGUAUCAGUGUUAUUCAACAAAACUGUUCUAAGCAUAAAAGAGGAAUAAAUUGAUGGCAGAGGUAUAGGAUUAACGUUAAUUAACUUGACGUCAUAUAUGUAAACUGAGAUUGAUACAUGUAUUUUCGUAUUGUUUCCUUUGACGCACGCUCACUGUUAAAAAAUCUAGGAGUAAAAGGCAUACGUCGGAUGUUCGAUUUCUCGUGCUUUUUAUAAAUGACAAUGCAUCAUUUACGAUUCUAAACGCGUAAUAGCACAUCGUCAAUCCGAAUUAAUCAUUGUAAACGAUUUGGAAUAUCAAAAAGUUUAUCGCCCUGAGUUCUUUCAAUAAAUGUGAAACCUAA